AUGGAAGGAAAAGACGAUAGAGCUAUUUGCACGGAUAACGAAUUAGGCGAGUCGCGGGGUUCGGAAAUUGAAUCGCAAAAUGUGCGUUCUAACAAUAAUGCACCCAAACAAUCAUCAAAUCCAUCCGACGGCGAUCAAUCAUCAGACUUGGCAAGGGAUAAUGAUAUCAAGAAUUUGCUAGCAAGCACGGACACGAUUGAUGUCCCCGUAUUUGCCGAGUUCAAGAAAAAUUCGAGGACACAGUAUUCCAAUAGCAGUAAAGGGGGUGUUGAGAGGAAUGAACAACCGUCGAUCGAGUACGCGAACUCGGAAAGUAGUUCAAGUUCGUUGACCUAUAGCCAGGUCGCGCGUUCUCAGGAGCACAAGAAAAUUGUGGAUUCGAAUAAGGCUUUGUUGUCGAAAAUAGAAAAGUCAAAGCUUCAAUUUGAUAAAUCAGAGGCAACAUCAACACUAUAUGCAUCGUCAAAUGAUAACUACGAAAAUAAAGGUGAAUCCAGUGCCACUCGGGCUUCAGCGAUGUCGACGAGACACGGAAAUACUCGAAAGAAUGAUGAGGAUUUUAUCAGUGUGAUAUUUCACGUUCACGUAGAUUGCGACGGAUUAGGAUCCCCGUUUGUAUUUGGUAAUGUCAAGGAACUGGGAAACUGGAAUUCUCCCAUUGUCAGACUUCGCAAGUCCAAUCGCAAAACUCCGCACGGUGUUCGUAACACUUAUUGGUUUUCCGAACCAGUUAAAAUCUCUCUCGCCAAUCUCGAGAAUGCUUCGGAGGUGAGGUACAAAUAUGGAAUCGUCGUUUCGCAACAAACCGCUUCGCGAAAAAGUGAAAAGGUCAUUUUCGAAGGUUUUGAAACACAAUACGAGAGAACACUUCUGCUACAGUGUGGCAAUCAAUAUGACAUCUGGGAAAAUAACGAAUUACUUGCUGCCGAAAUCAAGGACUUUGCCUUCUUGAACAUUAUAUACGAUUCGCUGAAUUCCAGUAAUCUCAAAGAGAAAAUAAUUGAACUUCAAUCAAUUCUGGAAUAUCAUCAGUCACACCUGGAAAUUUUAUCCUUACACAAGUUCAUAAGGGAACGCCUGCUCGAGGCGAAAGUAAAAGAGCAGAAAUUUUUCCUACUUAUUCUCCUAGGCUAUCAUGAUUACUUUUCUUAUGAUCAGCAUGAGUUUCCGGAAUCGAUGGUGUUAACAUUACUCAAUACGAUCAAGCACGUUCGCGAAUACACUUAUCCUUCGGAUGCAUACACACGUCUUGCCGUUACAAGAGCGGUUGGUCUUCUGGUGCAUCGCAAUGCGGUUAACGGAUCAUUCGAGUGGCUUAACAUAUUUUCGGUGAAUCAGUAUGUCGAUCCGGAGUUCAGAUUUAUCGAGUCUCUCAAUAGAUUGAAAUACGACACCGAAAAAAAAUUCAACACAUUCCUCGAUGUAUUCAAGGAGAAAGCUUUCCCCUACAUCGAAAGAGUUGAUUACAAGUACAUCGAGAUUCUCAGGAGUUCGGAAUUAUAUUGGAGUUACGAAGAUUAUCUUUCUUCUUUGACUUCGCUUUCCCUGUUCAUGGACAUUGAUAUGUUGGCCUACUUUAUUCAACACCUGAAAAAUUGCUUGGAAAAUUUUGGCGAAGUUUCGGAGGUUCGCGAGAGAUACCCCCAAAUUUGUAAAAAUUGGUAUCAGCGCCUCUUGAAUCGAUUGCAUAGUGCCUCCACAUCCUCCAUUGAGAUUGAUGAUAAAUUCGUGAUUUGGAUUUUCACUUAUGCCGCGCGAUUAUAUCCCAUUAUCAAGGACAACAGGAAAUUAUGGAAAAGUAUCAUGACGCAUUCCAUCUGUGAGGUGAAGAAAUGUCUCUCUAGUUCGGUGUAUAAUGCAACGGUAGAUGUGAUUAAACUUGAAGACGCGGUUGUAAAUGGGUUUAUCGGUCACGUUGAAAAUCUCUUGGGAGAUUCUUCUCAAGUUGUGGAUGAACGUCUUUUGACCAGCGUUGAGCAGAUCUGUCGAAGCAUCGGGGAGAUCCUGGGGUUGGUUUGUCAUGUGAUGACAUGCUUGGAAAAUAACAUCGAUUCUCUCUGGGUUAAAAAUGCACUCGAUCUUAGUGCGCUCGAUUCUAUGGUCAUUCCCACAGAAUUUCACCUAAGUAUUCUUGCUGGUGCCAAGUUCUGGAAUGCAAUAUUACGCGCAACAGGUUGCGCCGAAAACCUAAAAAAACACAAUUAUUUCAUGCAAGUUAAAAAUGCCAUCGCCCAGGUUAGAUAUAUGCUUGUGAAAGGAUCAAUUAACAUUCGCCUUUUGCAGGAACUCUUAAAGUACGACGACGAGUUUCUGUUGUAUUACUUUGAUUCCAUUAAUGGUCAUUCAGCAAUGGUUGUCAACGAGGAUAUCCUGCUGUCGAUUAGAGAAAAGUGCCGAGGUUACAUGCAAACGAUGGAUCACCUCAAUUCAUUCUACGUGAGAUAUUGCCCGCAAAAUAGGGUGCUAAAUAUUCAGGAUUAUAUCCAGGAUUUAAAUGAGCAAAAAUUUUUGUGGGAUCAUAUUACACUCAAUGAUAUACAAUCUCCGAAUUACUUCUUCUACCAUGAGGAUUCGAUAGAAAUAUCAACGCGCUUAUACAAGUACAAUAAAUCGCAGACCUUCUACAAUGUUUUUGAAAACGUAGUUCAAACAUCUGUGAAUGAAUCAAACGUGGAGAGCUUCGCGCGAAUUACGUUGCCCUCGAUCCUUGAUGAUUACGAGAAUAGAUGUAAGGAACAUGAAGACUGGGAAAAUAUGAAACUUUCCAGUGCCGCCAUGUUUUGGAGCAAUGUAACCGAUAUCAAUGCCGAAUUGGAUUUCACGGAUGAGUUCGUGCAGAUUGAUCGCGAUCAAAGGUUUUUAACGAUGCUCGCGCGGCUCUCGAGGGCUGAUCGACUGACGCAAAGGUUGAAACAAUUAUCUGUUGUGAUCGAGAUGUUCAACACUCCUCGAGUUCAAGGAGAUUGGCUUGAAGUGGCCCUUGUGGGUUUACUUGCGCCGGAGAUAACCCUGAGAGAAUUAAGUCUGAUUCUUGACUCCCUUGGCGAUUCUCUUGGCGAGGUUAACGAAGAUAGCUGGAAUUUAAUUAAAGAGCUCUCCAUGGCCGUGGAUUUUAUUGCCUUCUUACGCGAAAUUGCCGACCACGACCUUAAAAAUUUGAUAAACGGCGUUGACGAUGAGAAGUUGAUUCAAGAGGACACCGUUUCAUCGCUUAUUCAAGUUAAACAAUUUCUGGUUCCUUUGUUGAACGUCUCACCUAAACUGAAUCUGGACACAUUCUUGGAAGAGUUGCGUAAGGUCGCGAAUCAUAAUCCUAUGUUGGCAAACAAGAUUGCUUUAUGCAAUAGCAAUAACACAGCAUUACAAAAUAUGUAUGCAAAUAUCAGCAAUCGCGGUGAGGUUACCAAGGAAAAGAUACAAAAUGCCGUAAAGAUUGGAACUUACAGAUUUGAAUGGACCCCAAGUGACCUUAAGUGUAAGGUGGCGCUCUCUUACACAAUCGGUAAAGCAACCACCGUCUCGUACGACAUCGGUGAUCUACAAGACCUGAAAGGAAGAGCCUUGUUGAUAAGCGGUAAUGUUAAUGUUGGGUCAAAAAAAUCAAAAGAUUUGACCGAUGAAUUUGUUCGACACGUUGAUAUUGCGCAAAUGAUCGUUAACGUGUCAGAGAGGUUGAUCGAAACAGGGAAUUUCGGAUAUCGACGAUAUCAGGUAUCGGUAAAGGGAACUAAUAGGAUGACUCAAUUGCUUGAAAAGCUACAGGAUGAAUUGAAAAAAUGGCAAGUUCAUAUUGUUGUUCUCUUUUUUUUAAUGAAGAAGGAAGCACUGGUGAAUAAAGCUCAACAAAGUCACUUUUACUUGACAUUCUUUCCGGCUCGUCACAUAUUGGAAUUCUACGAUUUUUUCAUCGGAAAAUCGACUAGAAAUGCAAAUAUAUGCCAGACACUUAUAAAAUUUGUGAAUCCGAACGCAAAGUUACCGCAAAAGCCCACCAACAGCAAGGUGGUCGAGAGAAAAGAUGUCUACCUACAGACAUUCAAUGAAAUUGGUGAAAAAUUGCACGCAAUUUUUGCCAAAGUUUCAAAAAGGAAACGUCCACUAAAAGUUCCCGUUGAUCGCGUAAUUUCCGAUGUAGUGGAACGCGGAAAAUUAUUUGUUGCUUCGUGCAACGACAAGUCACGUUUACCAAAUGUUAUAAUGUCGUUGUAUGCCAACCACGGGUCUUAUCCCGAAGCAUGGCAACUGUUGAUUUGCACGACUUCAACUACUCUAGAGGAACUUUCAAUAUUUCUUAAAAGAUGUUUCUUUGCGCCAAAGAAUGGAUACGAUAAUCACCUGUUUUGCUUAGCCAACUUGGAAUUACUUGACUACGAACUGCAAUAUAAUUUGGUGAACAAAAUUAGAGCCAUGCGAGAGAAAGAAAAAGAUUAUUAUCUGGCCUUAAUAUGCUGUCCCGAGGCGGGAAUGCAUCACCACAUUUUGGAUCAAUUCUCCGAUUAUCGAUCAACAAAGGGCCUGAAUACUGCGUCGAUGAAAAGGAUAUAUCAAGAGUUGUGUCCCCGAGUUUUCUGCGUCUCCUCGGAAUUAUCGGGACAGGGGAAAACGGAAUGGAUUAAACGAGAGAGUUUUGAAAAUAAACUUUGCCCAAAGCAUUUCCUCAUCAGCGACGACGCAGAUUAUGUCAAGUUGGUCAGACAACUUAAGGAGGUGGUCCUUCGACCUUUUGAUUGCAUGCACAUCAACAUCGUAUCCUCCGAUUACCCAGGGGAGGUCAAUAUGUGGUUGUUCCAAGUGUUGACUUUACGGGUGGUAUCAAGCAACGCUGACAUUGCCUGCUUUCCAAACACUCACGUUUACAUAGAGAUCGCUUCCAGUUUUGAACAACACCUUCUCAGAUCACUCCCGAUGAUCGAAUAUUUACAAAGAACUCAUCUGACAUGGAACAUCAAGGAUUUAUUGGUCACUCAAGAGAUCAACAGCCCAAUCCAAGUUGCGUGUUUAUACCUGCGUUCUCUUGAAUCAGGUACCAUCGAUAACGAAGAUAUCCUAUUUAAAGGUCAGGGUGCAGUCACUUCAGUAUUGCCCCAUGAAGAAUGCCAGGCGUACUUGGAAAAAUACUUUUUGGAAGGCAACAAUGACUUCGAAGAUAUUUCCUCGUUUAGGUUUUUGGAAAUAUUUGUGAACGUGUUCGCGUAUCAGUUAGUAAGGCUAUCCUCGAGCUCAUAUUUUCGGGUGGAUAAUCUGAAGCUGAUGCUUGGAGAGGGAACAAACAUUCGAUCGACUUUGGUAAACACUUUGUUAGAAAUUUCCAAGGAUUUUGCAACUCGGUCGAUUCGAACAAAAUCCGCACAAUUAGAGGCCACUUCAACCGAUGCAAUCGGGAAUGCCGCGCUGGGAACAAUCGUGAAUUGGGAUGAUUCGAACCAUCUACUAGUAUUUUUCCUAUCCCAAACACCCGAUUCUAUCUGCGCGCUAUAUAGGGUUCAAGAAAAGGUGCCAGAGGUGGUGAAGGAGUUGAUGAAAAGCCAAUACAUAAGUGAAGUAGGUCAAGAAUGGAAAUUGGAAGAUUAUCACAAGAUGAGCAUGAAAGAGUUGCUACAGAGAUUGGAAGGCAUCGCUCGGAAAACUUUUCAUGAAAUUGAUUAUCCCCCGUACGCGCUGUCAGUGGAUAACUUGUUAAAGAUGGCUUUGAUUUUGUUAAGGGCACGUUCGAACAUUCCAGUCGUGAUUUGCGGUGAGGCAGGGUGCGGAAAGACAAGUCUGAUAGGAUUCUUGGCUCGGACGGUCGAAGUCCAGUUAUUUGCCCUCAACCUUCACGCGGGCAUCAAAGAAGAUGACAUUUCACAAUUUAUGGCCGAGGUUCAACAGAAUGCUAGACGAGGGGAAACCUGGGUGUUCUUUGAUGAAAUUAACACGUGUAAUAAUAUUGGCCUUCUGGCCGAUCUAAUAGCCCAUCGGGUGUAUCGUGGAAGACCGAUCCGUAAUAACAUCCGAAUAUUUGCCGCCUGUAACCCCUACCGUUUACGGACGAGGAGUAUAAGUGAGGCAGGUCUCGAGGCGAGAAAGUUCGAGGAACAGAGUAACCUCGUGUACGAAGUAAGACCACUCCCCGAUCAAAUUCUGGAUUAUGUUUGGGACUACGGCGUGCUUCAAAGGGAUGACGAAAUGCGAUAUAUUCAAAUAAUGGUAAAGGUGCAAUUAAAAGAAUUGGAUGAUCCAGUCCUCUCAAAAUUGUUAUUCGCCUCCCAACAGUUCAUUCGACAAGUGGAAGAACCUUACAGUGUCAGCUUACGUGACAUCAAACGUGCCAUUAAACUUAUAAAGUUCUUUUACGAGAGUUUACAGGAUCGCCCGCCGAUUCGUGGGAGCUCGCAAAAGUAUCCUCCCACUUCAAUAGAUUCGCCCAGCAUUCAAAUUCGUUCAUUCGUAUUGGCAUUGGGUCUUUGUUAUCAAUCGAGACUGUACGAAAAGCCAUUGCGUCGGAAAUAUCGCGAAAAAAUGUGCGAAAUUUUCAAAAAUGCAAAAUUCAAUUUGACGGAAGAGAUAUUUAACAAUAUUAUCAGAGAAGAGCAGGAGGAUUAUGUCAAUCGAAUGGUUUGUCCACCGAACACUGCUCAAAAUGAUGCUCUCCUUGAGAAUGUGUUGGUUAUGGUGGUUUGCAUAUUAACUAGAAUCCCGGUAUUUAUCGUCGGUGCACCCGGGUCCUCAAAAUCAUUAGCUGUUAGAUUAGUAAGUCAAAAUCUGAGAGGUUCGGACUCGAACGACGAGUACUUUAGAAAAUUACCACAGGGCUCCUCCUCUUCAACCUCUGAUGGUAUUCUCAAGGUUUUUCAAAAAGCCCAAAAUUUUCAAGAAACAAGUUCCAAAGAGUUUCCAGUUAUCAGUGUGGUAUUGUUAGAUGAAGUCGGCCUUGCUGAGACUUCUCCGUUCAAUCCGUUGAAGGUUCUUCACUCUCUGCUCGAACCAAGCUACCCUUCUGAUGGACCAAAAGUGUCUGUUAUAGGAAUUAGCAAUUGGAGAUUGGACAACAGUAAGAGUAGUAGGGCAUUGCUUGUUCAAAGGCCAAAGUUUGAUUCAGACGAUUUGGUGGACACCGCAGUUCGCUUGCUUGGCAAUAAAACACAAGAUCGCCGAAUACAAAGGGAUACAUUGUUCCCAUUGGCGAUUGCCUAUUCGGAAUAUGAACAAAAAGGUCAAACACAUCUCAAUUUUCACGGUCUGCGAGAUUACUACGCUUUAGUGAAAUCCCUCUCCACCAAUGAAUUAACAUCGGCGCAUAUUCAAAUGUGUUUGGCAAGAAAUUUUGGUGGAACCGAUCAAUUCGCCGACAUAUGUCAAAGAUAUUUCGGUAACGUCAUCAACACGUUCGACAAUAAUCAGGUAUGGGUCUAUCGUCCCAUACCGAUCGACAAACUGAUUCACACAAAUUUGGAAGAUGAAGGGGCGAGACAUUUGAUGGUCAUUGGAAAAAGCGAUUCGAUAGUAAAUUUGUUGACAUAUGAAUUGAGACAAAGGAAUUUGAAUCCUGUUAUAAUUCUGGGAUCUCAAUUUUCGGAUGACCAGGAUGAUUAUUCAUACAAUGUUCUGAGCCGUAUUAUGAUGUGCGUGGAAGCUGGAAGACCAUUGAUCUUAACCGAUUUAGAAAUUAUUUAUGGGAGUUUAUAUGACUUGUGGAAUCAAAAUUAUAUCGUGGUUGGAAAUUCCGAGGAUCCAAAAUAUUACACGCGAGUUGCCCUUGGUGCUUAUGCCAACCCCAUGUUGUAUGUCAACAAAAACUUUAGAUGCAUUCUUGUUCUUGACGAAAAGAAUUUAUCAAAAGCUGAUCCACCCCUCUUGAAUCGGUUUGAGAAACAAAAGAUGACCAUUAAUGACAUCCUGACGGACAAUGAAAAGGAUCUGGUUUAUCAGUUGUCCAUAUGGACCAAGCGAAUUUCAACCAUUGAGAUGCUGAAUCCGGUUUCCGUCUCUCAUGAUAAAUUCACGCAAAAAGAUCUAUUCAUUGGUUUUGACCAGGAAGAAACACUGCAAAGUUUGGUUAUUGAUAUCAAGAAGAAAAACCCGGACGCUCAAGAUUCUGAAAUUUUAACAAAGUGCAAGGAAUCUCUAGUUAACAUCGCGUCUUCCGACGGAAUUGUGAGAGCAGAACGAUCAGCUUUAAGUUUGGAUGAAGUUAGGCAUUGGAAAAAUGUUUACUUUAAAGCGCAACACCAUGACCAUCUGGCAGGUUAUUUCGAAAACCUGUUGCACAAUGAGAAUUCCGAGUCGUGUCCAGACGGCCAUCAAGUGAUCAUCAAUACCUUCUCAAAUAUAAACACAGACGUUAAGCUAUGCUUACAAGGCCUAAUCACUUGUCAGAUAUUAAAGCUCUCCACGUUCAAGACCGAGGCUCAAUUUCAGAACCAAGUCAAGAAUUUUUGGUUCGAGUCAUCAAAUGAAAUGUUGAUCCUCCAGUGUGAUAUAACAACCAUAAAUGCUGGAUGCAUUAAGUUGGCAAAGUUCAUCAUUGAGCAAUCACGAAAUGAAUAUUUACUGAAAAAAUCGAAUGCUGCCAGAAAACAUGCGUGCAUAAUUCUGCAUAUUCACCGAGAUCACAAGGCAUCACUGAACGCUUUUAAUUUUAUGUGUGGGUGGAGGCAAGUGACAAUUGAGACUCUGACGCCUCAAGAGAAAUGCUUGUCAGCUCUACUGGAUGGGGACCUUUGUGACAUCAUCAGCAAAACAUACUCAUUUGAAGAGAUUUUGCAACAGGAAUUGCUAUGGUGUUUGUUAUGCAUGAAGUAUCCAGCAAGCGUUAAAUCUAUUGAUCACAUAAAAACUCUCAACGCAAAAAUCCCCCAAAACAAAAAUCUCGUCGAUUACCUAAAGAUAAAAACACAAGAUUGGCUCCAAAUAUACUACUCAUCAAGAGAUUGGCAAUAUUACGUGGCGUCAAAUAAAAAGCUCUUAUAUCCAUAUUCUUCAUUUUCGGCCGCCUUGCAAGCUUAUAUACGUUCCAUAGUUCGUCAACCCGUUGCUAGAGUUCUUUGUGCUCUUGAAAGGUUGUUUGCAACGAAAACCUUCCUAUCCCUCGACCAGGCAGCGCCACAUCAGCAAGAACUGAUGGAAAUUUGGAGGGAGAUGUUCAACGAUAAAACCAUCAUAAACAUUGAUGAAUUAUCUGAUCCCAAGCCUGAUGGUUACGUGAUGCCUGCUGUCAUUUAUGAUUUCCAGUUUCCAUUUUCGUGGUAUUUUAUGAAACGAAUUGAGGGUUUCAAAAAGACACAUGAGGAAGAAUUGGAGUUACUCAAAGAAGAUCUCAAUAAUAUCGAUCCGAGCACCGGAGACCUUUAUGAAUCGGUGGUGACCAAUCAUACCGUGAUCUUGAGUAACACCAUUACUUCAUCAAUAAAAAACAUCAAGACGUCUCUGGAAUAUUUUCCCGAAUUAUAUUUCAAUGAUUUUGUAUCCAGGAUCUGCGCGGAUGAAUCAAAAGCAAAGUAUGCACCGCUCAUGUCUUUCAUAUUUCGCUGGAGACUCGGUUCAGAGAAAGUCCGAAAUCCUGUUCUGCUUCACGCACACUGGUGGAGAUAUUCAAAAUCGAUUAUGACGCAAUUUCAGCUGGCACAGAUGUGUCCACCCGUCGUGAAUGAUGCUUCAUUGAAAAAUGCAAACCUUUUAAAUAUCUCCUUCGAGGAUCACCUUGUUGAAGAAGUCACCAAGCUGAUGCACAAAAAACUAAAUGAUAUCAAAUCCGUGAACCAAACCCACAUUCCACAACUUCUCAAUUGGCAACAUGAAAUUUCUUUGAUCUCAACUUUAUGUGAUAAGUUAUCAGAAGUUUCCAACUUUUCGUCAUUGCACUUGAUGCAAGUCUGCAGUAGCUUUACGUUAGCAGAUUCCACGACAUUAUCAAAUAUCAAGGAGAUCAUGAAGAUCGGAAACUCAUCGCCUAAGAAAUCAAACGCAUUCUCGUCAAAAUUUAUUAAUUCCGUGUUUGGAAUAUUUGAAAAAUUUCAAAAUUGCAGUGAAUACUUGGUCCCAAAAUUAUUAUUCACGACAAAGUGCCUGAACUUUAUUGCCCUGGAAUCACCAGAGAGACUAGAACUUUAUAAAAAUAUUUUUUCGCAGAAUCUGUUACCUAUUGCAGACACAUCCGUUGUUUACUUAAUUUUUAAGCAAGAGGAAGAGACAAAUCCAGGUACAUUCGUGAAAAUUAUUAAUACUCCAAAAAAGGCUUUGCUUCAAUCUUCAAGACUCAGGAUGAUCAACGAAUGUUUGAGUAAUCAAGUUUUCGAUUCUUCGACAUCGACAUUAUGUUGCGACGUUCUUCAAAAAUCUCUCUUCUCAAAGUACUCUCUAAGAGAGUUGGCGGAUCUUUAUCGGUAUUCCGUGGAGGCCUUAGAUAACACAGAAUCUGUGAUAUUGCGAAAAAUAUCCGCAAUCGCUUGCCUCAAAGAAUUUGCACACAAGUUCUGGGAUCAUUCUAUUCGGGAACCAGUGUUGCAGCCAAUAGAAUUUGAUCAAGCGAGAACUGGAGAUCUUGACACCGUGGAAUUGAUUGCCGAAGUCAACAAUAGUAUGAGUUCGACACUCCCACUUAUCCAUUCAUUUAAGAUCUAUUUCUUAAGGGCAUUACGGUAUCGAGGAUUAUCCAUGAAUGAGGUCAGGCGUUUUUGUGAAAUGCAGCGGCAGAUCUUACCAUGGCUUUGGGAUUUACCUUGGAACAAAAUUUGUGAAUCCCGAUUAUCUUUUAAUCCAUAUUGGAAACUUGAAGACUAUGUCGAAAUUGAAAAAAGCUUCACAACUCUCUAUGGGAUGGAAAAUAAGGGGUCCUUUAAUUCUUUCUUUGCAUCUUUGAAGAAGAAGGAAAUGACUCUCGCCUCUCUUACAUCGAUAUCCUUGAUGGGAUUGGUGUUCAAUCGACUUCAUAUAAUCAGGUCUUCUCGCGAUUGGGAAGAAGCCGAAAAUCGAUCCGCUGUAUUUUUACUUCAAAAAAUCGAUCAGAGUACAUUGUCGCCCAUUUAUAAGCAAUACAUCACGAAGCUCAUAAACAAUGAGCAUGAGUUACUUCACGUCGAUCCAACGACGACAAGCUCAGAAUUGCUUUUAAAAUCCGUGAUUUGUCACCUUAUAGCUUUACACGCGUCGAUACCAGCUAAUUCAUCUCCGCUAGCAUAUAUGCUGCAGAACUUGGAUAAGUGCUCGAAAUUCUUCAUUCCAACAUGCCCUUCGGACGUCGAAUCUGUGGUCAUUAAUGCCGUCAUUCAGAGCGCCUGGGGGAAAUCUCCAGUAGCCGCAAACUUCUUGCAAAAUGAUGAAACCGAUGCACUGGAGUAUUGUAUGGGACAUAUUCAAAGUGACUGGUUCGUGUUGAAAAAAAUUUUCAAUCUUUCCGACGAAGACCUGGCAUUAUUGUUGCAUUCAAUUCUGAACUCGAUGGCCGAAAGCACACCAAGAGGUUUAAUGAUGCAUAAUAAAACGGAACGGGAAGAAUGGGAAAAAUAUUUUUUGAUGAAAUAUGUGAAACCGGCCACAAAGAAUAGUGCAGCCACGGCAAGAAACUUUUUGAUGGAAAUAUCGGAAAUUGCAACAAGUUCUCAAGAAAGUGUUGAUAUCAUGGAAGGUGAAAUUAAUCAACUGUUGGAAAUGGAUAAGCGGUAUAACGAGCAGCACUUGCCUAAGCUAUGGCGAAUAAUUGACGAGUUCAGUUUUGACAGCUUUCGAGCUUUUUACUCGGGGGAUUUGGCGAAUAAUGUUGAGAAUUACCCCUUUCUCUCUGUGUUCUUUAAAUACGAACAACAACUACCACAUAUUCGACAUCUGAUGUCGAUAAUCAGAUUUUUGAGAAUGUUAUCAUCAAAACUUGAAUAUCGGUUAAGUCGAUCUCAAGCCCAACAGUUUACAUUUCAAGAAUUUAUUGCCGAUAAAUCUAAUGAUGAUGAAUCGACCGAAGCCAACAACAUUUUGAAGUCAGCAUUUGAGGAUUUUGCACAAGCUUGGAAUUCGGUGAUCGGUCUGGUUCAGAAUUAUCAGUGUCAUGAACUUCCAUUGAAACCCCUGAUUUCAAUAGAAUCCCCUGUGGCAUUUGGAUUGGUGGAACCAAGGGAUACUGGUGUUUAUAUCUGUGCAAUUCUUGAGUAUUUAAUUGGCCUUCAGAACAAUUUCUUGCAGGAAGUAGCACUUAUUACUCCAAGAAAAUGCGCGUCACUUGUUUUCUUGGAGGAUAUUUCGUUUCGUGGAAAAGAGGCCAAUUCGGCUUCUUCAAAGAACAUGGAAACUACUCAAUAUUGCAUUCACUCUAUGCGAAUUAAUCAAAUACAGUCAAAUAAUAUUAUUAAUUUUGAAUGGAAUGAUGAAAUACUUCAAUGCGGUCAGAGAAACUUGGAAGCUGGUAGAGGUCAGGAUGUAACAUUCAACCUGCAAAAAAUAGAGUCUCAACUCGCGCGCUCUUUGGUCUUUGAAAAAGUCCACAUCGAUACAGUCAAUGAUUCACAAUUAUACAUGGAACCGUUUGCGUAUCACAUGGAACUAUUCCAGGGGUGCAUAAGAAUUCUAGGUGAUAUUAAAGGGUUGAUUCCACAACAAACGAUUCCUACAGAAAAGGUGGAAAUGAUUCUCGGGACCGCCAUGUCUUCGACAAUCAGCUCGUCAGGAUAUCAACACCUGACAUUUGACAAUGCAUCCGAAUUGCUUUCAUCCCUGGAAAUUCUACUUUGCUUUGUCAAAAAGACGUCGAUAGGUGACGGUGAAAUAUUGGUUAAUGAAUAUGUCAACCAGUGGAUGAAACUUUCGAACUUGAUAGAUAACGAGUCAUUUUGCAAUCUAUUGAAUGUAGGAUUGAAAUUGAAACAAUUGGUGGCGUUAUAUGAAUUGGUAGAAGAGCAAGUGGCCAAUGGAGUGAUCAAAUAUAUAAACGACAAAUAUAAAGAACCUUUAACGCCAGAACUCGAACACGAAAUUAAUAUGGCAUUGGAUUUUCAACCCAUAUAUCAGGAGGAGGACGAUGAUACAUUACUGCCAAUCGCUAAUGACGAACCCAAAAAAAUUCCAGCAGAAUAUUUUUCAUCGGCCUUAAAAAGGUUCAUGUUUAGAUUUCUCAAUGAAAAUUCCAGUAAAGAGAAGGAUCCAUUGUCAAUUUACUUUACGGAUAUGACGUUGAAUUUAUGGUCUUCGGGUGUUAAGGAAGAAAUGGUGGAUAAUUUUUUCCCUGAUAGCUUACUGGUAGCACAUGUAUAUGAAACAUAUGUGUUUAUAAACGACAGAUUAGAGGUAACUAAGAAACAAACCCCGUUGAUCACAAAACCAAAAGCGACUACAGCACAAAAGGUGGCAAAGAUCGUAACUGUUGGCAAGAAACAAUUAAAUAAUAAGGGGAAACCGGUUUCCCCCUCUCCUACAACGAAAAGGCCUUCAUCUUCGUCAAAAUAUACAGCAUCAACUGGCACCAAAAAUACUCCCACCUUCACCACUAGAGGUAAUUCUUCAAGUAAAAACGCUCAUUCGUCCUCUGAAGCUGGAAGUUCUUCAUCAUCCUCCCAAACGCAGAAAAGAAAAACUGAUGGAAAAUAA